AUGCAGCUACCAACCCAAGGCGAGGUCUACUUCACCCUCCAGCAACACAGCGAAUCGAUAUCUUCCGUCAUCGUCGCGAACGGCACCGUGAUAGCCCGCGGCCCAAGUCUCCAAGAACGCCCUCCCGAGAACUGGAUCAGUGCCCUGCGGGAGAUGUCAGAGCGGCUGGGGAAGGAUAAAGAUGACGGUAUUCCCCGGCGUUAUUCGACAGAAGCGUCGCCAACGACAUCCGGAUCUCCACCCAGACAAUCCCCCACUUCCAGUGAACUUUUCACAUCGCCGACGCCGUCACUGGCGAAAUCGGAUCUGGGGUUAAAGCGGAUGAAGAAAUUGCAGGAUUUGCUGGCGGCGCUUUUCAACCACCCGAUCUCCAGCGUGGAGGACCAUAACCAGCAAGUGGAGGGAUUGUAUAGCGGACCGCGGAUUCCCACUUGUCCUAAUGUUUCUAUUAUGCAGUUUGCGGAGGUGCUCGGGAGACUGGGGAAUGUCUCAAAUACAGUGGGGAGUGUUUACGGGUUACUUAGUUGGCAGAUCUUCAAGAUGGAAGAAGACCGGUUGGUGCAUGAUGAGGGCUUGUCUCCGAAUUUCGCUGCGAAGCAGAUGAACAAGAAAAUGGCUGAAGUGCUUAAGCGCCGAGGCAAGGCCAAAGACUGGGCUAGUGAUGCACGACGCGCAGUCACGAUGGUGUUUGGGCCGUUACGCAAUGCUAGUAUCUGCGUCAAAUCGUUUGCUCUGAUCCUUCUUGCAAGUCUCUGCAGUCUAGACGGCUUACUCAAAAUCGCCCACUUCCCUACCCUCCGGCGGUACUUUGAAGAGCAAUUCUCGAGGAUCAUUGAGUCCAGAGGACCAGAGUGGGAACUGCUUGAAGAAAGUGGCUACAAAGUAUUUGACUAUAAGGAGUUUUUGCGGCAGCGAGGGCCACCAUUACACUUAAAUGACCAAUCACAUAACCUGCCGCUUGAUCGACUGCUAGAAUGGCGAGCUCCGGUGACAAUGUCCCCGACGGAGCGCCUCUUCGCGAAUGCCGUGGAAACGGGGCCGGCCCGUUCGGGCGUGGUAGAUCCUACUAAUAAUAUGUCACAACCACAACCACAGAUGCAACUCCCCGGGACCAGUCCGGAAGCGUCGACUAUGGAUUAUUUAUUUCAUAACCUCACGAAUUGUGACGAGAUGGUAGAUUUGGAAUUGGUUAUUUAG